AUGUCCAAGAUGUUCAUGAAGUUUUCUGGCAUCAAGCGACGCCGCAAGUCCCGCAAGAAGCUGAAGAGCACCUCCCGGCUGUUCCUCGGCCUGGGCAAAAGGAAGAGCAGGCUGGUCAAGAAGAAGAGGAGGAAGAGCAUGCUGAAGAACACCUCCAAGUUCAUGAUGAGGUUCAAGGCCAGCAAAAAGAAGAAGGAAAAGGAGAAGAAGGAGAAGGAGGAGAAGGAGAAGCAGGGCGCCGGGGGCAGGAAGCCUUCCUACAUGUUGAUUCGUCUGGGCGGGGAAGAGGAUGCUGGAAAGAGAGGGGGAGGCGGCUUCUUCAAGGGAAUGUUGAGGAAGAAGGGAGGGGCCGGGGGCAUUGCAGAGGACUUUAAGAACCAGAGCUUGUUGCUAGGGAAGGUUGCCGGGGUGACCAACUGGCUAACCAAGCGCUUCCUGUCCACGAAGAUGCGUGAGAGUGGGGGGGGCUGGGCAGGGCGUCACCAGAGCAGGAGGCAAGUCAGCGCCAGAGGUCAUCAUUCUGGUUACCAGAAUGGGGGUUAUGAGGGGGAGGGCUUGUACGGCUACAAUCAGGAGGCAGGGCAGGGAGGGGGGGCAGGGGGGAGGGGCUACAGCAGACGCUCCGCCCGCCACAAGGCGCAUGCCGCCCAGGCUGGUUACCAUGGCUAUGGACAGGUGGGGUAUGAUGAUGCGUACGGUAAUGGAGUGGCUGACCACUACGACAUCCCGUCUCAGGACCAGGGUUACUACGAGGGCGACGCCGGUUACUAUGACGACUACGGCGUCUAUGGUGACUCCAGAGGGCGGUACCAUGACCCAUACGCUGCCCAGAGUUACUAUGAUGACUACAGGCAGCAACAGAGGGAGGGGGGAGGACAGUAUGAGUACGGUCUCUAUGGAGACGGUAUUGAGGACUAUGCCGACCCCCAGGAAGGUUACUACGAGGAGUUAAUGGGUGAGCAGACAGGUUUCUACGACAACGGAAUGGGCGGACAGUCAGCAGAUUUCUAUGAUGACGGGAUGGGUGGACAGGCUGGUUUCUAUGACGACGGGAUGGGCAGGCUGCCGGCGGGUUUCUAUGACAACGGCAUGGCCGGUUUCUACAGCGACGGGAUGGGAGGGCAGGCGGGUUUCUACAAUGACGACCAGGGAGGUGUGUACGAGAACCCGUAUGCUCAGGACUACCAGCUGAACUACAGCGAGGCCCCAGCCAUGGCCUACCCAGACUACAGCUCCCAGCAGGCCAUGGGGCUCCAAACAGGAAGUCAGCAGCUGUACCCUGGCUACACAGCAGAGGGGCUUGGGGUCCAGGGGCUCUACCCAGACCAGGACCAGGACCAGUACCAGUACCAGGACCAGUACCAGUACCAGGACCAGUACAGGGAGCAGCUGGACCAGUAUGGUGGCAGUACGGGGGCGGUGGAGGAGGGAGGGGGCAUGACCUUCAGAGUUCCCCGGCCACAGGUGCGCCUCUUUGGGAAGGAGCGUCUAGACGUGGCCUUGCCCCCCCCACCCAGACUCCCCCCCCAGCCGGAGUUUGAGGACAUGUCAGACAUCCAGUAUGAAGACCAGUUGCCCCUGAUGCCCCCACCCAUGAUUUCACCACAGGAACAGAUGAUGUCACAACACAUGAUGUCACCACAAAUGAUGUCACCACAGGAACAGAUGAUGUCACAACCAAUGAUGUCACCUCAGAUGAUGUCACCACAGGAACAGAUGAUGUCACAACAGGAACAGAUGAUGUCACAGCACAUGAUGUCACCACAGCAACAGAUGAUGUCACAACAGGAGCAGAUGAUGUCCCAGCACAUGAUGUCACCCCACAUGAUGUCACCACAGGAACAGAUGAUGUCACAACAGAUGAUGUCCCCACACAUGAUGUCACCACAGCAACAGAUGAUGUCACCACAGGAACGAAUGAUGUCACCACACAUGAUGUCACCACAGGAACAGAUGAUGUCACAACAGAUGAUGUCCCCACACAUGAUGUCACCACAGCAACAGAUGAUGUCACCACAGGAACGAAUGAUGUCACCACACAUGAUGUCACCUCAAAUUAUGUCACCACAGGAACAGAUGAUGUCACAACAGAUGUCCCCACAUAUGAAGGCAUCACAAAGUAUGUCACUACAGGAACAUAUGAUGUCACAGCACAUGAUGUCACAACAAGAGCAGAUGAUGUCACCACACAUGAUGUCACCACAGAUGAUGGCAAUGACUCCCACUCCAACCGCUCGGCUCAUCCAGCAGGCUGGAUCUCCCACAAUGCCCCGGGGUGCACGCACGUCCCCUCUACCCUCCCGCCACCUGCCCCUUUCCCCCUCCCCCUCACGGCGAUCCAUGAUGAUAUCAUCACCUCAGAUGCAGAGACGCCCCCCUUCCCAUGCCUCCCCCAUCCCCCCACGCCGCCUCCCCCCCCCCCCCCAGCCUGUCCUGAGAGCAGGGUUUAACAACAACGCUCAGCGCCCCCCAUCCCCACUCCGCUUCUCUCCCCCGGCCUCCCUCAAGAUGUCCUCCCACCUUCCUCGGCGCCUGCAGCCCCAGAGGCCCCCUUCGAUGGCCAGGGCCCCCUCCUCCCCAGCCUCCCCUCGAGCGACCAUGCUCAGGCGCUCCCCCCCCGCCUCCCCUCGAGCCUCCAUGAGGAGGCCCAGCCCCCCCACCUCCCCCCCCCUCGUCCGCAGUCCCUUGGGGGGGAGAAAGCUGCGUUCCCCCUCCCCUCGUCGAGCCUCCCCCCCUGCCUCCCCCCACCUGACCAGGAGACCCAGAGACUCUGUCAUCCUCCCCCCCCAGCAUCCCUCCCCUUCACCCUCCCGGCGGAGCUUUUCUCCUGGGAGGCCAUCUCCCGCCUCCCCGUCCCUCUCCCGUCGGUCCACUCGCGUCCUUCGGGACGGAAGCACCCCUUUGGUUCGGCAGAGACUAGGGGGGCGGGGCAAUGUUCCCAUGGGAACAGUCCGUCCUUCUCCCAUGGGUUUACGGGGACGACCGGUGCCGCCCCCAACCCAAAAUGUUCCUCCUUUCAGAACGAGUCUCCGUAGCAACCGCUCAUCUGUCCUGACUGUGGACUCCCACCUACUCUCUCCCUUCGCCUCCCCUGUGCCCUCCCCCCGCUUUCCUCACCACCCCUCUCCCCAGAUGUCUCAGCGCAGGCCCCUGGGGGUGAGAGAAGAUGGCCGCCUUCCACCUCGGCCCAUUGCCAGGGGCCGACCUCUCAUGGCCCGACGCCCCUCCCCCCAGCCCUCACUCAAGCAGAUGCCCCCCGCCUCCCCUCACCUCCCCCACCGCCUCUCCUCUCCCCACCUCUCCAUGGCCCCUGCUUCCCCCCAUCUCCCCCACCGCCUCUCCUCUCCCCACCUCUCCAUGGCCCAAGCUUCCCCUUAUCUCCCCCGACACCAGCCUACCUACACCCCUGACCCUUACUCUGACCCUUACGCUGCGGGGAUGGACCAAUCAGAGCAGUACCUGCCCUCAUCCCCCAUGCUUUCUGGGGCUUUGCAGAACCAGGCCCUCCGCUCCACCUCAUACUCCUCCCCCUUGGGCCCCGGCCAGGCCGAGUACGAGCAAUUGCCAAUGCAACCAACAUCGCCCAUGUUGUCGGGAGCGAUGGCACAUCAAGGGGCGUUGCGGGGCGUGGCCAACUACCAGUCACCCCUACAGCAUCCCAUGUCACCAUACGAGCAGUUGCCACAGCAACCGUCGUCACCCAUGUUGUCGGGGGCGAUGGCACAUCAUGAGCGUCUCCGAGGAGCGGCGUACACCUCGCCCCUACAGCAUCCCAUGUCACCGUACGAGCAGUUGCCACAGCAACUGUCGUCACCCAUGUUGUCGGGGGCAAUGGCACAUCAUGAGCGUCUCCGAGGAGCGGCGUACACCUCGCCCCUACAGCGUCCCAUGUCACCGUACGAGCAGUUGCCACAGCAACCGUCGUCACCCAUGUUGUCGGGGGCGAUGGCACAUCACGAGCGUCUUCGAGGAGCGUCGUACACCUCGCCUCUACAGCGUCCCAUGUCACCGUACGAGCAGUUGCCACAGCAACCGUUGUCACCGAUGUUGUCAGGGGCGAUGGCACAUCACGAGCGUCUCCGAGGAGCGUCGUACACCUCGCCCCUACAUGGUCCCAUGUCACCAUACGAGCAGUUGCCAGUGGAACCUUCAUCACCCAUGUUGUCGGGGGCGAUGGCGCACCAUGGGGCGUUGAGGGGCGUGGCCAGCUACCAGUCUCCUUUGCAGCGGCAGGGCUCUCCGUACGGACCAAUUGUGACGCAGUAUGACUACAUCUCUGAGCCGGGACCUGCACCCCUGCUCCACAAUGCCCUGCAGAACCGGGACAUGGGGAACAUGAGGAACGUGGGCCGUGGAUCCUUCAAGAACCCGUACGCCCCACCCCCCCGCUACCCCCCCAAGCUGCCCUAUGCCAUGCAGAACCAGCAGCUGAGGCAGGCUUCCUAUCAGAGCCCUUUGCAGCUCCGCAGCUCCCCCUAUGCCCCGCCCACCCCCCAGCUGGGCCAUGCCCUGAGGAACUCCCAGCUGGCGCAGGCCUCGUACCGCCUACCGGAUGGAAGCCUGGUGAACCCGUAUGGGGAGCCCGUCCCCACGUCCCCCAGUCUGUCCCGCGCAUUGCUGAACCAGGACGUCACCAAGGCCUCCUACACCCUGCCGGACGGAUCCAUCAUCACUGACCCUCGACAGCAGGUACCCUGACCCCUGACCUCUAGCUUAGAAUUAGCUUCAGCCCUCCUAACCUGGCUCAUGACCCCUGACCUCUCUCACCAGCAGUCCAUGUCUCCUAACCUGGCCCGGGCCCUGAACAACCCUGCCCUGCAGGGCGCCUCCUACACGCUCCCAGAUGGAACCAUCGUCAUCGAAGCCAAGCAGCAGAAGUCCGCCUCCCCAUUGCUGACGGCUGCACUGAGUAACCCCUACCUGAAGGGGGCGUCCUACACCCUGCCUGAUGGCACCAUCAUCAUCGACCCCCGCAAGCCUGUCUCCCCCAACCUGUCUGCUGCCCUGAAGAACCCCACUAUGAAGAAUGCAUCCUACAAUCUUUCUGAAGGGACCAUAAGGGACCCCAACAAGCCCAUAUCCCCCAACCUGGCUCUGGCCCUGGGGAACCCGGCCCUGCGUGGGGCAUCCUACACCCUUCCGGACGGCACCAUGAUCAUCGACCCCCGCAAGCCCCGGAGCCCCAACCUGCUGGCUGCGUUGCAGAACCCCUACCUGCAGGGGGCGUCCUUCACCCUUCCUGACGGAACCAUCAUCAUCGACCCCCGCAAGCCCGUCUCCCCCAACCUGUCUGCGGCUCUCCAGAAUCAGAACAUGAGGAACCUGUCAUACCGGCUGCCGGAUGGGACCCUGGUGAUGCCGGGCCAGAAGCCAAGUCAACCCAACCUGGCCGGUGCCCUGCAAAACCAGAACCUGCGCUCUGCCAAGUAUCGCCUCGGAGAAGGCUCCGCCCUCUCAGCCAACCCUGCCCCUCCACCGCCCAACCUCUCCUCAGCCCUCCGGAAGCAGGAUCUCAUGCGGGUUCACUACCGCCUCCCGGAGGGAUCUCACCUGACUCGUCGCUUCCACCAGCCCUACCUGGGUGACGCCCUGAACAACCAGCAGCUCCGCUAUGCCUCUUACCGUCCCCCGGGGGCACUGCAGGGCCCUGACGGCCGCUAUGCCCAUGUCCCUGCCUACGGUCCACGCUCUGGGCACUGGGCCAGUCAGGCGCGACAGGGGGCCGGCCCCGAGGGGGACGACGUAUGGGCCUCUGAGAGGGUUCUGCCCCAUGGAACCAUCCAGAACCUGAGCAAGUGGUCGAUGAAGCGCGAGGAGGGGGGGCUGGAUAGCUACUCUCCAUCCCCUCAGGGCCCCGGGGGGCGGAGCUUACAAGUGGACUGGACACCUGAGAGGGGCGAGAUCAGAGGGACCUGGUUUGAUAAGGUGUACGCGGUGCGCAGCAUGCCCACGGUGGGUCACCGGGUGAAGCGCUGGGCGGAGGGAAUGGAAGACAUGACUCAGCUGGAGGAACUAAAUGAAACCACUGUCCUGAUGAAUCUGAAGAAACGCUAUGACCAGGAGCUCAUAUAUACCUACAUCGGCAGCAUCCUGCUGUCUGUGAACCCCUACAAGAUGUUCAACAUGUAUGGGACCGACAUGGUGCUGCAGUACGAGGGCCACGGCCUGGCAGACAACCCUCCUCAUCUCUUUGCCAUAGCAAACAUGGCCUACACCACGAUGAUGGAUGCCAAACAGAACCAGUGUAUUGUGAUCAGUGGAGAGAGUGGGUCCGGUAAGACUGAAGCUACCAAACUGGUCCUGCGCUACCUGACAGCCAUACACCACAAACGUAACAUCACACAACAGAUUCAGAUCCUGGAGGCUACUCCCCUCCUGGAGGCCUUUGGGAACGCCAAGACGCUGCGGAACCACAACUCCUCUCGGUUCGGCAAGCUGGUGCAGAUCUACAUGGAGGAAGGUGUGAUCAGCGGUGCCAUAACAUCUCAGUACCUGCUGGAGAAGUCCCGUAUCGUCUUCCAGGCCAGAUCAGAGAGGAACUACCACAUCUUCUAUGAGAUGCUGGCAGGACUUCCAGACUACGACAAGAGAUUGCUCUUUCUCCAGGAGGCUGAGACCUACUACUACUUGAACCAGGGAGGGGACUGUGUGAUCGAGGGGAAGGACGACGCUGCAGAUUUUGGGCAUCUUCUGGGUGCUAUGGAGACGCUGGGCUUCAAUGCUGAGGAGCAGAACAGCAUCUUCAGACUGCUGUCCUCCGUCCUGCACCUGGGAAACCUGUACUUCCAGUCUCACCAGGUGGAGGGCCAGGAGGUGGCUGCAGUGAGCAGUACUCAGGAGAUCCGGUUGGUCUCAGAGCUGCUGCUCGUCUCACCUGACGCCCUGCAGAAAGCUGUCACCUACAAACUCACGGACACAGUCAGGGAGAAGAUCUACACUCCUCUAACUGUGGAGAGUGCUGUGGACGCCAGGGACGCUGUUGCCAAGAUACUGUACUCGCUGCUAUUUAAUUGGCUGACAGAGAAGAUUAAUGGGCGUGUCUACCCUCGCAAUGAGGCCCUAUCAAUCUCUAUACUGGACAUCUACGGUUUUGAGGAUCUGGCUGUGAACAGCUUUGAGCAGCUGUGUAUCAACUACGCCAACGAAACUCUGCAGUUCUACUCCAACACAGUCAUCUUCCAGGAAGAGCAGGAGGAGUAUAUGCGAGAGCAGAUCAUCUGGAAGCAGAUCUCCUUCACCGACAACCAGGCCGUCAUGGACAUCAUUUCUGCAAAGCCUCAUGGGAUACUUCGUGUCCUUGACGACCAGAGUGGCUUCCCCCAGGCAACGGACCACACUUUCCUCCAGAAGUGCCACUAUCACCAUGGUAACAGCCUCCUGUAUGCCCGGCCCAAGAUGCCCCUCCCUGAGUUCACCCUGAAACACUAUGCUGGGAGGGUCACCUACCAGGUCCAGAAGUUUCUGGACAAGAACUUUGAUUCAGUACGACAGGAUGUACUGGAUCUCUUCACACAGAGCAGGAACAAGAUGGUGUCCAGCUUGUUCCUGAAACACUCUGAAAGUGUUGCUCAGCAACGCACCGCCCAAAGGAGGGGGAGCACUGCACGCCGUUACCAUGCCAACACCGUCAGUGCCAAGUUCCAGAGCAGCCUGCAGGAGCUGGUGGAGAAGAUGGAGAGGUGUAACCCAUACUUUGUCCGCUGCAUCAAGCCCAACCACCACAAGGAGCCAGCCAUGUUUGACAUGGAGCUGGUUAACUCUCAGCUUCGCUACUCUGGUAUCAUGGAAACCAUUCGCAUCAGGAAGGAGGGUUAUCCAAUCAGAAUGCUCUUCCACAACUUCCUGCUCAGGUACAAGGCUCUGCUGUGUAUGGUAGACCCCCCCCCUGCAGACGGAGAGAACUGUGUUCAGAUGCUGCAUCAGCUUUGUCCAGUCAGAGAAGGAGCCUACCAGGUGGGCGUGUCCAAGCUGUUCCUGAAGGAGGACUUGUACCAGCUGCUGGAGGCAAAGCGUGACCAUGUUCUGAGUUUGGCUGCCAUGACGCUACAGAGAUACACACGCAUGUUCUUCGUACGCAAGAACUUCCUCAAGUUCAGACUCAACAUGGUCCUGUUUCAGACUCGCAGCAAGGGCUACCUAGCCAGGAAGAGGUUUGCAAUGAGGAGGAAGUACCUGAUCAAACUCCGUUCUGCUGUGCGUCUCUACGUUGUUCAUCGGCGCUACGUCAGGAUGGUGAUAGAGCCAGCCAGGAAAGCAGAGGAGGACCGUGUUAACAGAGAGGUGGUGGAUGUCACAACUCUGCCCAUCCCUGCUGAACUAGCUGCUUUGCUCCAAGCUACUGCAGGAGGGGAGGUACUCCACUCGGAGUGUCUGGCCCUGGUCCAGGCCCCCAGGGUGCAGGUGGAGCCUCAGCUGACCCUCCCUCUGGACCUCAACAACUACCUGAUCACUCACUACAUACGAGCCAUCUUCAGGGAGCCGUUGUUUGGGAUGCUAGCUGCUCCUUUGGAGAGGUCUCUGACCAGAGUGGACGAAGAGCUGAAACAAGGAGCAUUGGAUGUCUUCACACUGAUUCUCAGGUUCAUGGGGGACCCCAGUCUGAGCGGUGCUCAGGAGAACCUGUUUGGGAACUACAUCAUCCACAGAGGACUGGCCAACCCCGGCCUCCGAGACGAGAUCCUGGCACAGGUGGCCAAUCAGGUGUGGCGGAACCCCAACGUCCUGAACUGUGAGCGUGGCUGGCUGCUCCUGGCUGCCUGCCUGUCCUCCUUCUCCCCCUCACACAGACUGCACAAGUACCUGCUCAAGUUUGUAUCAGACUAUGGCCCAGGGGGGUAUGACUGUGUGUGUCAGCACCGACUGCUCCAGACCAUGCAGGGGUCGUCACGGCGACCCGAGGCACGGACACACCCCCCCUGCCUGCUGGAGUGGACGGCCAACCGGCACCGAGCUCACACUGUGUUACACAUACACUGCUUUGAUGGUGAUUCCUUCCUCUGUCCUCUCAACUCCUGGACUACAGGAGAGGACCUGGCUCAAGACAUUCUGCAGCACAGGGGUGUGACGGAGGGCCGGUGUGGCUGGUCGGUGCUGCUUAGGGAAGCGGCCCAGUGGGUGGAGCUGGAGGGUGGAGACCUGGUGUGUGACCUGCUGUCUGACCUGGAGAUGUCCCCAGACGUCCCCAAGCUGCCCUCCUACUUCAUCAUCUCCACCCAGGACCCUGCCAGGGUCAGGGCCAACAACAGCAUUAGUCUCCUGGGCAGUGGGUUUGACUCUAAAGAAGACCUUGCCUCCAAAUUCUCUACUCUGCCCGAUAGACCACUCAGCCAAGACCUGGAGCCCCACAGAGGGAUGGACCGCUACCUCGACAGUCUGUUUGAUCCUGUUCUGGCCGACAGCAGUGCGGAAGUGGAGCGUCCCUCGGAGCUGUCCAGCAGACUGAGGGGGGGUGGAGGUGUCGGGGGUCACAACAGCCCCUACGGACAACCCCCCCAGCCCGGAGCGGUGAGGGUUCUACCCAUGAUGCCAGGAGAGGUUAUAUCACCCCCGCUCUCCCCGGUCGCUCCUCCUUCCCCAGACUCUCAGGAUGCAGUGAUAGCUCAGCAGCAACAAGCCAUUAUCAACCAGCAGGCUGUCAUCAUGGCUCAGCAGAUGACCAUGCAGGCCAUGGCCUUGGUUACCUCCCCCAUCACCUCACCCCCCACCUCCCCCAUCAGCAGCCCCCCCAUGAGCCCUCUCCUCCCCCACCCCCUCUCCCCUUACUCCUCUCCCUACUCCCCCAUCCCACCCUCUCCUUAUGCCAACCUCCCCCCCAGUUCGUAUCCCACCUCCCCAGACCCUGCUGGCUCCGCCCCCCAGCCACACGCCCCACCCCUGUCUGCUCCAAGCCCCGCCCCUCAUGCUGCAGAGAAGAGCCUUAAGGUCACCAUGGACACGAAGCCCAAAGCCAGCACACCCCAAGGCGUGUCAUCGGGGACAGACAGUGUUGCCAAGAGAAGAGCUCCAGCCAUCCCCAUCAACAAGGACCAGAGGGCCAGGAAGUUUGCCCCAGUGGUGACCUCUCCACCGCCCCCUGCUGGAGAGGUGGUGAAGUGGUCAGAGCAGCAGGAGAGCAUCACCCCCAGCGGCAACGUCAGAGACAUCAUCCGCCAAUACGACUCUCCUCCUCCCCCUCCACAGCCCCUGCCCCCCGGCAAGAGGCGACCAGAGGGGAAGUAUCUAAAAAAGCAGAGUCCUCGUGAUGAAGCUUUGCACAUCCUCAAACCUCAGAUGGACAACCCUCCACCUCCACAGCCCAAACACCCACCUGGCCCCUCCCCCUCUGCAUCCGCCAUGAAGGAGGCGGGGUUUAAACCCACCAAGAGCACCAAGAGGAGGGCUCCAGUGAGGCCCCUUCCACCUCACCCCACAGUGUCGCGGGAGCUGCCGGUGGAGGCGGAGACUAUCCAGACUAAACUCCAUCGCAGCACGACAGAAGAGCAUUACACCUACACCAACGUUCCCUGGAGACUGUACCUGAGGAAGGAGGUGUUCUUCCCCAAGGACAGUUUCAACCAUCCUCUGGUGUUGGAUCUCAUAUUCAAACAGGUGGUGAAUGAUACCUUGUCUGAGGCUUGUGUUCGCAUCACCAGUGAGGAGAGGCUGAAGAUGAAGGCUUUGUUUGCUAAACUGGGGGUGAUGCAAGACACUCAAGACGAGACAGUGAAGAAGUCUGUUGUCACGGCAGCCAGAGACUCCCUAGACAUCUACUUCUCCAGACUGUUCCCUGCCUCCGGCAGCGUGGGGACAGGGGUGCAGGUGCUGGCUGUGUGUCACAGUGGGAUCAAGCUGCUGAAGACAGUGAAGAGCAGUGCUGCAGCUCCAGACUACUUCAGAGUCCUCAGGCCUUACACUUAUGCAGACAUCCUGUUUGUUACCAUCCCGUCAGAGAACAUGCUGGAGUUCAACCUGACCAAUGAGAAGCUCAUCCUGUUCUCUGCCAAGGCUGCUCAGGUCAAGAGCCUGAUAGACCACUUCAUCACUGAGAUCAAGAAGGACUCUGAGUAUGUGGUUGCAGAGAGAAACCAUGUGACAGAUGAGCACUCGUGUCUGAGCUUCCACAAGGGUGACAUCAUCAGGCUGCAGGUCAUGGACAGCUUGGAGAAGGGUCAGGCCUACGGCUGUGUGGUGAGGAAGAAGGUGGUGUUUCUAGAGGAGUUAAAGAAAGACACGCAGGACUUUGGGUGGAAGUUUGGCGCGGUGUUUGGCCGUGCGGGGGUGUUCCCUGGGGAGUGUGCGCGGCCCACAGCUGCUCCUGAUUUCCUGUCUCUGCCGCUGGACCGGAGGGCGGAACCUCGCGGGGGGGCAGGGCGCGUUGCCGUGUCCUCAGCCGUUGCUGUUGCCGUGGCGUCCACCAUGGCAGCACAUGAGAUCGACCAAACGCUGGAGCAGGCGUCGCUGGAGGGUUUUGGAGAGCUGCUGCUGGAGCAGGUGGAGGAUGGACGCUACGACCUGGUGGAGUUUGCAAAGAAGUACUUCAGACAACCUGGCAGGGGAGGUUCUCUGAAGAACAAGAACAAGGACUCUAGAGAUCCAUUUGAGAUGGUUCGGUUCUCCAAGGCCCCACUGUCUGAGUCUCUGAUCGAGUUCUCGGACCCAACCAUGAAUCGUGUGGCCACGGACAUCUUCCUGUCGGUGAUGAGGUUCAUGGGAGACCAUCCUGUAAAGGGACAGUCAGAACAGGAAGUGGUCAGCACCUUCCUCAAGCUGAUUGGAGAGUUUGGUCUGAUGAGGGAUGAGGCUUACUGCCAGCUGCUCAAACAGCUGAGCUCCAACACCAGCUCCAAACCGGAUAGCUGCCAGCGGGGCUGGAGGCUGCUCUACAUCCUGACUGCCUUCCACCACUGCUCCCAGGUCCUAAAGCCCUUCCUGUUAAAGUUCCUGCAGGAUGCCUACCGCAGCCCUGGGGGCCAGUACCAGGGUAUUGCCAAGGCUUGUGAGCAGAACCUGAGGAAGACGUUCCAAUAUGGCGGCCGCCUCGUGGUUCCCAGCAGCAUGGAGCUGCAGGCCAUGGUGGCGGGGCGGAGCUCCAAGCGUCAGCUGUUCCUGUUUCCUGGAGGCAUUGAGCGCCACCUCAAGAUCAAGACCUGCUCUGUGGCGCUGGACAUCAUAGAGGAGCUGUGUUAUGAGAUGUGUCUAGAGAGGCUGGAGGCUAUGGACGAAUACACCAUCUUCCUCGUCACCAACAGAGGUGGGAACGUGCGUCCCCUGAACAGGCGUGAGUACGUGCUGGACCUGGUGACGGAGGCGGAGCGUGUGGACAGCAGCUUCUCUCUCUGGUUCCGCAGGGUCGUCUGGACACAGGCUCUUAAGUUCCACAACGAGCUGUGUGUCACCAUGCACUACAACCAGGUGCUACCAGACUACCGUAAGGGGCUGCUGAGUGUGCUGUCCAGGGGGAAGGUCAGUGAGCAGCAGUUCCACCAGAUCUCCAAGCUAGCCGCUCUGCAGCACCGAGCCAAGGAGCUGGCCUUCACACCCAGCAUUCAUGAGCUGUCAGAGUACAUCCCCGCCCCUCUCUUCGGGAAACAGCCCCCCCAACAGUGGGCUGCCAUGGCAACACUGCACCUCCAGCAGGUGCAGAUCCUCAGCCCCCACCAGGCCAGAGCCCAGUUCCUAGGUCUGGUUAGUGCCUUCCCCAUGUUUGGCUCCUCCUUCUUCUACAUCCACAGCUGUAGCUCCUCCUCUGUCCACGCCCCCUGCAUCCUGGCUGUCAAUCAACACGGAUUGCAUUUCCUGCAAAAAGACACUCACGAGCGGAUGGUGGGGGUCCCCCUGGUGGAGGUCCAGUCCAGCCGCACGCAGUCUCCUGGUGCGGGGAGCAGCUACCCCUACGUGGACCUGACCCUGGGAGACACCUGCUCACACAGGGUCAUGCAACUGCAGCUGGAGCAGGGUCUGGAGUUGUGUAGAGUGGUAGCCAUGCAGGUCGAGAACAUGAUGUCUGUCCGUGAGAAGAGACUCACUUUGCCACCCAGCGAGAUCACCGUGCUAUAACACACGCACGGCACACACAUCUACCUCUUCAAGGCUUCAGGUCUUCCACAGUACAGAGCCUUCUCAGCCCCUGUGCUGCAGUACCUCAUGUGUCCACCAGAGGGGUGUUGCAGUACCUCAUGUCUCCACCAGAGGGGUGUUGCAGUACCUCAUGUCUCCACCACAGGGAGGCAGCAAUACUUCAUGUCUCCACCAGAGGGAGGUAGCAGCAGACUUGCUCCAUCACUGGUCUGGGUCUCAGUGGCUUCUGAUUCCUCCUCUUUAGCGUCACUUCCUUCCUGUCUGUCUGAAGAACUUUCUGUUUACUUCCUGCUUCCUUACUAGGAUUGAAAUCAGAAGGAUGAGACACAUGAUUACCCAUGAGCCUUUGCAUAUGGUUGACAGCCAGGAGCUCCCGCCUGGCCCAGGGUCUCCAGGGGAUCAGUGUGAUGUGAAUCAGAGGAGAUAUUUUUAUAAUGAGUGUUUGUAUGCAGCUGGGUGUAUUUAUAACGUGUUAUUGAUAUUGAGGGUGUAAUUGUGUUCUCUACAAAGUUUGGCUGAUCUGUGCUAGUGAUAUGUGUGGGUGUGUGUGUGUCCAGAGAACAUAAGAGAUACAAAUGCUUCUACUCUCAAGUGUCUCUGCUCUGAAACCUCAACCGUUAGUAUUUUUUUACUGAUAUUGUGUUUGUACGACAAUCUUCAGUUAUGUUUUAGUUUUGUUUAAAAAGUUUUGCAUUUAUCAGGAUGUUUUGUAAAAACUACA